AUGGGACAAGAAACCAGAAACCUCUCAGAUGAGUACGAGGUUUCAGAAGUCCUAGGUAGAGGUGGAUUUUCUGUUGUCAGAAGAGGCACAAAAAGAUCAAGCAGUGAGAAUAAAACCCAUGUAGCUAUCAAAACACUGAGAAGAUUAGGUAACCCUUCUUCUUCUUCUUCCUCGGCUGGGUUACACCGACCAAAAGGUGGAGAGAAGAGCACAGCAGCUAUGAUGGGGUUCCCCACAUGGAGACAAGUGUCAGUCUCAGAUGCCUUGCUCACGAAUGAGAUUCUUGUGAUGAGGAGGAUAGUGGAGAGUGUUUCACCACACCCCAAUGUGAUUGACCUCUAUGAUGUGUAUGAGGACUCAAAUGGGGUCCAUCUUGUGUUGGAGCUAUGUUCUGGUGGGGAAUUGUUUGAUAGGAUUGUGGCACAAGAUAGGUACUCAGAGACUGAAGCUGCAGGUGUGGUUCGCCAGAUAGCAUCAGGAUUAGAGGCUAUUCAUAGAGCUAACAUUGUCCAUAGGGACUUGAAACCUGAGAAUUGCUUGUUCUUAGAUGUGACCAAGGACUCUCCUCUUAAGAUCAUGGACUUCGGGUUGAGUUCUGUUCAGGAGUUUACUGACCCAGUUGUUGGUUUGUUUGGAUCCAUUGACUAUGUUUCACCAGAGGCUCUAUCUCAAAGAAACAUUACUACCAAGAGCGACAUGUGGUCUCUGGGAGUAAUUCUAUAUAUCUUACUCUCUGGGUAUCCACCUUUCAUUGCUCAGUCUAAUCGUCAAAAGCAACAAAUGAUAAUGAAUGGGAGUUUCAGUUUCUAUGAGAAGACUUGGAAGGGCAUUUCCCAUUCAGCAAAGCAACUAAUUUCAGAUCUUCUGACUGUUGAUCCUACUAGGAGACCUAGUGCUCAAGAUCUUCUGUGUCAUCCAUGGGUCUUAGGGGACAAAGCCAAAGAUGUUGCAAUGGACCCUGAGAUAGUCUCAAGGUUGCAGAGCUUCAAUGCAAGACGCAAACUGCGUGCAGCUGCAAUUGCUAGUGUAUGGAGCACCACAAUAUUCUUGAGAACCAAAAAGCUGAAAUCCUUGGUAGGAACACACGAUCUCACUGAAGAGGAAAUAGAAAAUCUCAGGAUAAAUUUUAAAAAGAUAUGUGUAAGUGGAGACAAUGCGACUCUGUCAGAGUUUGAGGAGGUGCUGAGAGCAAUGAAAAUGGCAUCAUUGAUCCCUUUAGCACCACGAAUAUUUGACUUGUUUGACAACAACCGUGAUGGAACAGUUGACAUGCGUGAGAUACUGUGUGGCUUUUCCAGCUUCAAAAACUCCAAAGGAGAUGAUGCUCUCCGUUUGUGCUUCCAGAUGUAUGACACGGAUCGAUCUGGGUGCAUCACUAAAGAAGAAGUAGCAUCCAUGCUCAGAGCUUUGCCAGAAGAGUGUCUUCCAGCUGAUAUAACGGAACCUGGGAAAUUGGAUGAAAUAUUUGACAGAAUGGAUGCCAACAGUGAUGGAAAAGUUACCUUUGACGAAUUCAAAGCUGCCAUGCAGAGAGAUAGCUCUCUCCAAGACGUGCUUCUCUCUUCUCUUCGCCCCCACUAG